AGAAUGAAAUUAGAGAGUUGCCGAAUAGAGAUUAAGUCACUUCCGCUGCAGUAUCUUUUCAGCAUAAAUUAUUGUAUAUUUUAUUGAUUACCAGCUCGCAGCCCGAAAAUGUCGGACAGGAAAGCAGAGCUCGAGCGCAAAAAGGCUAGGCUCGAACAGAUGCGCAAGGAAAGACAAGAGAAAGACAGAAUUAAAAAGCUUAAAGAGACACCAGAUGAAAAUGUACAAAAGAAAGCUCCAACAGGAGAUAUUCACAAAGAAACAGAAGAUCUGCUGAGAGAUCUAGGGAUACCUCCUGCUGGUGCUCCCUCAGCUGCUGCACCCAGUGAAGCAGUGAAGGCUAAUUCAGGACAGACAGAUCAAGAAUCAGGGGCACCACAACCUCCACAGACAUUGUCAGUGAGACCAAAAAUGAAACUGAGUGUAACGAAAGUAUCAGAAACAAGCAUCCCGCCUCGUGAAAAUGUUGUGUACAGCAAAGAAACUCAGACAACCACUGUUGAGCCCCUAGAUAAGGAAGGACACAGGCAUGGUGUGAGAGGGCCAUGGGAUUAUUACGAUGAUAUUUCAGACGCAGGUAGCAGUCCAAAGCGUGGCCAGGGGCCUGGUAGUAGGGGUGGGUCGUCGCGAUAUAGCUCUCCUCGACAUGGUUCACCCAAAUUUAUUUAUCACGAUUUGGAAUGGGAGGACGAGUUUUUUGAUGAUGAUGAAGAUGAUGAUGCCGACUCAAUGGAUGUAACAGAACACUCCCCGAGCCACAAGAUGCCACAUGUUGAGAUGGUGCCGCCCUCCAAGACACUAGAGGAUGACAAGAAGGAGGACAAACCCUUACCAGAGUUAAGUGAGGAGGAGAAAAAGCAGGCAAUGAUGUCCGAAGACUUUCAGAUAUUUUUUGACCACACAACACGCAUCAUUGAGCGUGCGCUUUGUGAAAGUGUUGAUAUCUUCAUGGACUACACCGGAGGAGAUGGGGAGGGCAAAGAUGAUGACCUGGCUGGAGAGAGACUGAAGCUGAACAGGGAGUUCUAUGAUGAAAGAUGGUCCAAGCACAGAACAAUCACCAGCAUGGACUGGUCAAAACAGCACCCUGAGUUACUGGUAGCCUCUUACAAUACAAAUGAAGAUGCACCCCAUGAUCCUGAUGGAGUGGCACUAGUGUGGAAUGUCAAGUUUAAAAAACAGACACCAGAAUACAUUUUUCACUGCCAGUCAGCAGUGAUGUCGAGCUGUUUUGCGGAGUUCCAUCCUAACUUGGUUGUGGGUGGUACAUACUCUGGACAAAUUGUACUAUGGGACAAUCGAGUCAACAAGAGGACCCCUGUACAGAGAACUCCACUGUCUGCUGCAGCUCACACGCAUCCAGUUUACUGUGUUAAUGUGGUGGGAACACAGAACGCUCACAACCUCAUCAGUGUGUCCACGGACGGCAAGAUGUGUUCCUGGAGUCUGGAUAUGUUGUCACAACCACAGGACAGUAUGGAACUCCAGCACAAGCAGAGUAAAGCGGUUGCAGUGACUUCAUUUUCUUUCCUGGCCAAUGAUGUCAAUAACUUUGUGGUUGGGAGUGAGGAUUGUACUGUAUACACAGCCUGUAGGCAUGGAAGUAAGGCUGGUAUCAGUGAGGCGUUUGAGGGACACCAGGGUCCCAUUACUGGCAUUAACUGUCACUCCGUACCCGGCCAGAUAGACUUCUCUCCGUACUUCCUCACAUCCUCUUUUGAUUGGACGAUCAAGCUGUGGAGUAUAAAAGAUUCCAAGUUUAUCCAUUCGUUUGAGGACAACAGCGACUAUGUUUAUGAUGUACAGUGGUCACCAGUCCAUCCAGCUUUGUUUGCCAGUGUGGACGGUAUGGGACGCCUGGACUUGUGGCACCUUAAUAACGAUACUGAGGUACCCACUGCCACAGUUGUCAUGGAGAAUAAUGUUGCACUGAACCGUUGUCGAUGGCACCAGACAGGUGCCCACAUAGCCACUGGGGAUGAUCUAGGACAUAUAUACAUCUAUGAUGUGGCAGAGACCAUUGCAACACCAAAGCAUGAUGAAUGGUCACGAUUUGCACACACUCUACACGAACUUAAACAACACGCUGCUGAGAGAGAGGAGGAGUCUUCCUUAGCAACCAUGACAUCACCUUUACGAUGAUUGAUCCAUCUGCCUGUAAUCUUUGAACUUUGACCCUUAACCUCUGUGUGUCAUGUGACCUACGUAACAGAGUAUUCUAUAGCUUGUUUGGUUGUUGGUGCUUAAAAACUGCAAAAUAAGAUGUUCACACUGCCUACAUUGGGACAUGCAUACCUUUAAAUCAGCCAGAUCAGACAAAAUAUUUAAACAUUGACUAUUUGAUUUGUAGAAAUUGUGGACUCCAUUCAUUUCUACAUCUGAAAGAGAAGAAAAAAUAUUCUGAUGUAAAACAUUAAUCUGCUAUUUUGAUGUACAAACAGGACAGAACAUAUACUCAUUACCAAUCAUAUAACCAAAGGAAUACUGGUACAUCUAACUGUAUAAGCCAACAAAAGUGCAAUGCUGUCAUAUAUAUGUACUGGAGCCUAUAUAUUAUGUGAGAUUAUUUUUCUGUAUUGGAGAAGUUGCUAGAAGGGUUAUCACAAAUGACAAAGCUUGAAAUG